AUGAGUCCCGCCGAAGCUGAUUUUAAUUUGCUUGAAACUGCACGGCGUUGUGACUUUUAUGGAAUACGUCUUCACAAUGCAAGGGAUUUGGAAGGCGUUGAGGUGGCUCUUUCUGUUGCGCACAUGGGAAUAAAGAUGUUCCAUCAACUAAAUUGUAUGAUGACUUUUUCUUGGGCAAAAAUACGAAAAUUGUGUUUUAAACGAAAAAGGCUAAUGAUUAAAAUUCACCCAGAUAGCGCUCAACAAUACAAAGAAACUGUAGAAUUUAUUUUUGAUAAUCGAGAUGAUUGCAAAAAUUUUUGGAAGAAAUGCGUUGAACAUCACAGUUUCUUCCGCUGCCCUGAACCUGUUGAAUCGCGAGAAUCUCGAAAGCUCUUCCACCGUGGCUCAAUCUUUCAUUAUCAAGGCAGAACUCAGAAACAAUUAAUGGACUAUGUACGUGAACAUAGGAAGCGCCGAGAGCCUUUUAAACGACCUUUACAACGAAGUUUUAUUCAUCCAUUAAAUACAAAAGCACCAAUUUUCCCUCCAAUUUAUGGGAAUCAACAACAAUUUCAACAACCACAGCAAUUUCAACAACCACAACAACAACAUUAUUUUAUCUCAAACCGAUUAUCAGAAAAUAAUAAAAAUAGACAGGCUGUUGAAAAUACACAAAAAUUAAUAAUGAAUAUCACAUCAAUGGCUAAUCAAAAUGGAAAUUUUAUUGGAAAUUCUAUAAAUAAUACUAAACGUUCAACUGGUGAAGAAAUAAUAACAAGAGAAAAUGGUGAAAGAAAAACAAGACCAAAGGUAUUAAUCUUUUUAUUCUUGAUUGUGUUUGUAAACUUAGAAUUCUAA